CUCUCACCAGUUGACACUUGUAAACAGUGAACCUCACGUAAAGCGGAUAAGGCCGAUACAGAGCAAACCAAUGAAUUCCUCCGAGCUGAAUUUCACUUUUCAUUCACCGGUCUCAUCGACUAAUUAAAGAGGUGGUUGCUAAGAGAUGACAAUCUAUGACAUUGGUGAAAGCCUCUGAUGUACAGCAGCCUGAAGCUCGACUUCUCCUGGAUCUUUUUCCUCCACACCUCUGUCUGUACUUGGCUCAUGUGAAGGACACGGGAAGCGCUCUUAUAUCAACAGACUCACAAAUACCAUGGCAGCUUUUACUGCCCCUUGUGCCAUCACCAAUACCACGACCGCCGCGGUGGCCCGGACUGCAUUGCAAAGGCAAAGAAGCAGCGAAGAGGAGGGCAAAUGUGAGAACGGGGACGUGGGACAAAACACCAUCCUGGAGAAAACCCGCGAGUUCUUCCAGAUGUGUGACAUCGAGAACAAGGGCUUCAUCACUCGACGUGACAUGCAGAGGCUGAAUGGCGAGCUCCCUCUCAGUGCAGAGGAGCUGGAGAACGUAUUCGAUACCCUCGAUUCCGACGGCAACGGAUACCUUACCCUUGAUGAGUUCUCCUCAGGCUUCAGUGAGUUUUUAUUUGGCCAGACGAUUUCUGUGGAGGAAAGCAUGGGGGACAAAAACCUGUGUAAGAGCUCGCCAGAGGUCCUGUACCAGACCCAAUGGGAGGAGAGCCUGGCAAGAGGAGAUGAGGAUGAAGAGGAGAAACACUUCUGCAUGUUAAUGGAGAGCCUCGGAGCCAACAGUGUCUUUGAAGAUCCUGCUGAGGUGCGCAGUUUGUGGGCCCAGCUGCGCCGGGAUGAACCACACCUUUUAUCCAAUUUUGAGGACUUCUUGGCCAGAGUGACGUCCCAGAUCAUAGAGGCCAACCAGGAGAAGAGGGAGAUGGAGAGCGCUCUCAAAAGAAAAGCAGCAACACACGAUGAUGAGAUCCAGCGUCUGUAUGAAGAAAUGGAGCAGCAAAUAAAAAAUGAAAAAGACAGGAUUGUGCUACAGGACUAUGAGCGAUUUCUGUCUCGGAGUCAGGAACUGGAGCUGCAGCUGUCCAGUAAAGAGAAAGAGCUGGAACAACUCUUCCAGAAACAGAGAAGGUUGGAGCAUCAGUGCCAGGACCUUCACAGUGAACAACAUGUGACCAAGGUGGAGAAUGUGAAGCUGAAACAGACGAAUGACGAGUUAGCACGGGAGCUGGAUCACACCAGCCAAGAGCUUGUCUUGGCGCAGGAGCAGCUGAGUCUGCUGCAGGAGCAGUCCACACGGCUUCACGAGGAGAAGGAGUUGGAAAUUUACAGACUGACUGAGGGAGUUCAGCGAGAGCGAGCAAGCCUCCUCAAACAACUGGACCUUUUGAGGGAAAUGAACAAACAUUUACGGGAUGAAAGGGACAUGUGCUAUCAGAAUCCAAAGAAUUCCAAGAAAACUCUGAGUUUGAAGCAGACGCCUUUAAUCAGUGCUGUGAAACACUCAAACUCAAAUGUCUUCAAGAGUGGGGAUGAGGAGGAGUUCAUCUCCAGCUCCGCGCGGCAGGACCUAGCCAAUGGGUCAUGCCAGCCAUCUUGCCCGGCAGAGACAAGGGGGCACCUUCAGAGGAUCAUCUCCAUCGAAGAGGACCACCUCCCACACUUGCUCCAGAAUGACUGUCAGGCUCAAUCCCCUCUUCACGAGUGUAGUGAAGGAGAGGAAGUCUCCGACAGUGAGGAGAAUAUAGACUUGGUGAUGAGCGAUAUUUACCCGUGUGCGUCUUCUGCCCAGCAGCAGCAACAGUCAGAGGGAAAUGUGGAGAAAAGGGAAACCCCCACAUCUCCAAGGGGUCAGCCUGUUGGCAAGGAAACCAGCAUAAAUGAGGAAGGCGGCCCCUCGCCUCCUGACCGCCUCUUCAAGAUCGUUCUGGUGGGGAACUCUAGUGUGGGAAAGACCUCCCUCCUUCGACGAUUUUGUGACGACUGCUUCCACCCUGGCACUUCUGCCACUGUGGGUAUAGACUACAGUGUAAAGACAAUAACUGUGGACAACAGCCAGGUGGCACUGCAGAUGUGGGAUACAGCAGGACAGGAAAGGUAUCGAAGCAUCACCAAACAGUUCUUUCGCAAGGCUGACGGUGUUGUUGUGAUGUAUGACAUCACAGCCGAGCAGAGCUUCACCGCUGUCAGGCAGUGGCUGACAAGUGUAAAGGAGGGUGCAGGCGAGGACAUUCCCAUCAUGCUUUUGGGAAACAAAACAGACAAGGAGAUUGAAAGACAAGUCCAGAAGGGAGUGGGUGACAGACUAGCCAAGGACUGCCAUAUGACUUUCUAUGAGUGCAGUGCGUGCUCCGGACACAACGUGAUGGAGUCCAUGGUUCAUUUGGCCAGAAUUCUGAAGGAACAAGAGGACAGAGAAAAGGAGAAGACUGUCAUGCUGGUCAGCAGCCCCCCAGAGAAGAAGAGAUCCUGCUGCGGUUGAACAGUAAACACACACACAGUAACACUACCCUUUACUAAGAUACACAAUGUGAUAGUGUGACCACAUGUGUCAGUGAGGAAAUGUCAGCACAACUGCUUUUUGGCCACUCUUCAGCUUUGUAGCAAUCUGGGUAAAACCAACACCAGAAUAUACUGUUGUGUUGUCACAGAUGUUAUUGCACUAUUAUAACAAUCCACUAUAGAUGAUUUCCCAAGGAACUAGUUGCAGUUUGCAAAUAACCUCAUAUUUAUAUUUUAUGAAGAUGUAGUUAAAUAAUAAUAUAAACAAUAAUGUAAGAAAAGUUCAAAUGUUCCCUUUGAGGGUUAGAUAUUAGAACAACUGAACAAAUCUGUCCCUUUUUAAUCAAACUAAGACUUUUUUUUUUUUUAAAUGUAGGAUAUUUCCUCAAACUCUGCCUGUAUAUCUCAGAUAUUUAUUUAGCUUCCAAAGGCCCUUUAUCCGUCACAUUUGGGCAUUUUACUGUAUGUAUUAAUAUAUUAAUUCAGUGUUAUGUGUAACUUUUUAUCUGUUUUGCUUCUUCACAUUUUGGGCACAAAUAUGACAUGGACACAGUCACUUGAACAACUGUAAAAUGUGAUUCAUUAACAAAACGUUUGGUGUUCACUUCUUGUUGAUGUCAUGUCCGGAGAGGCUUUUAUUUCAUUUUGUGGUAACUUGGGCCAAGAUAUCUCAGGUGGUGUUAUGUUGUGUUGUAGAGGUGUCUCAGUUUUUUCACCCGGUGAACAAAAAACACUAACUGUCAUACAGAAGUAAUAUAUUUCCACCGAAUAAACAAAAAAUGUUCAUCAUUUGUAGUUCAAAUGAAAAUGAUUAGCUUCAACUGUACUAUCUCUUCCAGGGUGGUUAUGUUUAAUAGCAUUGUAUUUUACAGGUAUUCAUGUUAUUUUGCCCACUCCAUUCAAAUCGUACAGUUAGUAAUUUAUAAUUUUGAGUUGUUUUUGUUGUACAGGAGGUUGUUAGCCUGGGAAGUUGACUCAGUUGUGUUGUACCUGGGAGACAAUACUAAUUCCCCCCUAACAGACCAAAGGAAGUUAAAUAUUUAUUUCAUAUCACUUUAAUCUGCCUCAGUGCCAAGUAUUUAAUAAAAAUAGCGUCACUGUAACAUGUUAAGUAAAUAUUCUGGAUAUUACAGGAAAGUCACAGUUGUAGAGGUUUUGGUCAAAAGUUCAGAUUUAACUAUUUGAUAUUGCACUAUAAUCACUUAAUAGUGCAUCACUACUGCCAGUGUCUUGCACAUCACUUUAAUGUAUAUAUAAAAAUGUAAAUAGGAUAAAAGAAAUUAAUAAAUAAAGAUUUGUUUAUCUGUG